AUGGGCCCUUCCUCUACGAGCAAAUGGUCUCCGUCCAAUAGGGCGCACAGAAAUUAUCAUAAUUUCCACUGCGGUGGUAUCUUCCUUGGCCUUGAUUCCUCCCUAGCAGGAAUGCGCCUCCCAGCAAAACAUGCCGAGACGAUCAGCGUCCAGAAUCAAGACUUGGCUCCCGCGCGCUCCACUUGGCGCAUCGUGAGUGUCACAGCGCUCGAGAUCGGCACAGGCACCACUGAAUCUGGAUUAAUCCGUCUCGCUUCUCUAAAAGGCUGGAAAAGGAAGUGUCCUGAAGGCGUAGUGCAACGGUCCGAGCGCCGAGCGCCAUUCAGCGCGUCAUUCAAGGGAGUGGAGCAACGUGUUUCUCGAAGCGGAGGGUCUUAUCCCAAUUGGGUAACCCAUAUGGUGACCGUUUCUCAGGUCAUGUGA